UGACGGAGAACUCGAUAGCUCCACGUGACGGGCGGUGACGGGACGGGGCACUCACACUGACGCGGCCAAGAUCAAUCCACACAACGCCGUACGCCCACGUAUCACAAUCAUGGCGCCCCUUCUCUUCAAUUAAAUCUUCCAACUAAUUAAAAUUGGAUGAAAUCCCAGCGAUCAGAAGGCAAGAAAGCCUUCAACUUCAACGGCCCCAUUCCUCACUCUCCUCCCUCAAGUUCAAGAAACACUCAGUACUGUCGGUCAAACUGUACGCACCCACAAAUGGCGGAAACGUACGGGAUGGAGAAGCCCAACGGUGGUGGCGGGGUCUUCGUGGAUGUGACGGAGGGCGACGAGACUGAGAGGCUGAACGGUGAUAGUAGGGACAGGGGGAUCCACCGGGGGCGAAAGGAAGAGGAGGAGGAAAGCUUGUGCGGCGUUUGCCGUCGUCUGAUUUCCGAGAUUUUCUUUCCUGAUGGGGAGCAGCGAGGGCGUCUGCUGCACCGGAUCAAGACCUCUGUGGCCAAGAACGCUCCUCUCCUUCGCGAAGCUUCUGGAAACACGGGGCGGAAGGUUCUUUUCUGGACUCGGAGGGGCAGUCCUCUGCGUGCCCUCCUCGUCAUUUCCGUUGGAACAAUCGCUUUUCUAGCGUUGACAGGGUUGCUUGUCUUUAUGCUUUUCUUUGUGGCUGCAACCUUCAAUGCCAUUGUCAUAUCUCUUCUGGUGUCUUUGGCGGCAGCAGGUGGCUUCUUGGCUCUUUUCUUCACGUGUGUAACGUUUAUAUACAUUGGAGCAUUGUCAGUAGCUGCAUUUGUUAUUUCAAGUGCUACAAUUUCAGCAAUCAUAGCUGCACUGAUAGCUACAGGUUGGAUUGCAUUCUUCUGGACGUUGUGGUUGGCAACAAAGAAAAGCUUGGAAUUUGCUAAGCACUCUCUGACUGUGACUGGUUCAGCACUCUCAGCUUACUCUUCUGGUAGACAUGUUCGCCACAUUCGAGUAGUAGAGAAGGUUUCGGAUUAAAAAGUUGCAGCAAAUAGAAGUCCAUGUAUGUAGAAACUCUUACACGUAUUGUACAUGGUUAUGCUUGCACAGUCCUCUUGAGACAUGGCUGCUGUGAUUAUGUUGCUGCUAGAUAUUGUUGCGUGUGGUUUGAAAUAUAGAUCAUAUCUGAUCCUACUAGCCAAGAUAUUGCGCUUCAUAUCUGUUUUUGGUUUUUGUAUUGUAUAAUUCUUCAUAGUUUGCAGUCUGCUUGUCCAUAUGAAGACUAAACGGUGGUUACUUCAAAAAAAAAAACAGUGGUUUCUCGUA